ACCCCAAAAAUCGGAAAUACCCCGACGAGAUCUUUGCGCCGUACAACGUAACUCGUCACGCUGAUUCCGAAUAUGUAAAAAUCUCGAGGUACGCUUCUCUAGAAAAAAACCAUCAAAUUUUGAUAUGAUAUAUUUUCUAGUAGGAUUUAUUUUCUACUGUUGCUUGUUUUGGGUCAAGAUAUGACGGUGAAUUGAUUUUCUUCAUGUAUUUUGGUCUUUCCGGCACUUUUUCUCUUGUCAUUGUUUUUAUUCCGUCUUAGAAAACCUGCAUAAACCUAUAUUUGUUUUGGUGCAGCAGAGUGAAGAAAAAAUGUUCUAUGAAACGGAAAUAAAUUUCUUUUAAUAAAUGAACAGUUUUAGAACAAUUUUUUGUACCUUCGCAGUGCUCUCGCACUAUGCUUGUGAAAGGUUGAAUUUUCGGUGCUGUCUCAAAAACUACUCCGUAGGUUCUAUCGUUGAAGAGGCAGAUGAACUUUAUGGAUUAAUUCACAGAAAUAUGUUACAAAGUAUAGUUCAGGAUCAAGUAAGGCACCGCUAAUGCAAAGAUCAAGUGGAAAAGCUUUUGGAAUUUUGAAACACAUAUUCUGAUUCAUCCGAUGCUGCACAUUGUCUGGUAGAAAUAACAAAACAUAGACACGAAGAGAGGAAAGAUAACACUGUUAUUUAGUUCUGAUGGAUAACUUAAAACAAGUAAUACUUUCUUUCAUUAGUUCCUGAUAAGGACGAUUAUUUUGCAUGAAAAUUCUGAAACUAUUUCAGUGAAUAUGAAUUUUUUUCACAAACGUGCUCACAAACAGAAGAUUCCAGAUCUGUAUUCGUGAAUGUCUGCAUUCCUAUAUUCGAGUGACUUUCCAAAAGAAAAGUCUAAAAAAUAAGAAUAAAUCUAUGUUGACUACCUAUGAACAUUCCCCGAUCGACUACGGUCAUAUUCACGCUAUAAGAUGUGUGCUGAAAAGAACAGAUGAUAUUUUGAUCUAUUCGAGCAUGACUAAAAACGACCAAUACCUUGUGGCGAUAUAGAUUUGGAAUUAAGUUUUUUCUAUUGCCAGUAUUCAUCAGUAUUCAGUAUACUAAUACUGACGCAUGCCUAAUAGAGCCUAAGUCAUACGAAAAUGGUUUUGGUUCAGUAUAAUAUUGCAUCCGGAUAGACAAGCCGUUCUGUAGUUGCAGAAGACCAACUUAUUUUACAUAGUUUAUUAAAGUCUCAUUUGUGUCAUAAAGCCUCGACCUUUUUCAGCGUAUAGCGAAGUUUCCACCACUUACUGUUUUUUCUAAUUCCGCCACUAGCAGAAAUAUUCUCUAGACUCGUUAACUUCCAGAUUCAUCGGAUCAAAAACUUCUUUCAUAAUCCGUACUGCAGUCUGUACCAAAUGAUAAUACUGUUCCAUCAACAAAUCUUUCAAAAAAUACUAUGGUUUUGAAAAAGUGAUUGGAUUUUUUUUGUUUUGCUUGUCGAAGAAAAAACUGUCUAAUACUCUCCUGUUUUUCCUCUGAUUUCGAAAAAAAAUCUCCUGGUCAGCUCCUGAUUUAACGAAAAGCUCUUGAUUUCGAAAAAUUAGAUUUGGAUUUUUGAAGGUUUUCUGCUUGAUUUUUAGAAAUUUCAUUGAAAUUUCAAACUUCAAUAUGAAAAGCUAAUUCUUGCGUAGUUCGAUACACGACAUCGAAUUAUAUAUCCAAUAGUAUAUUAUUACGUAUUGAGUGUAAUACUUUUUUCAGUGUAACAGAAAAAUUUUGAGAAAAGUUGAGCUUUAAGGGGGAGGAGGAUUCUCUGACGCUUCCAGUUUGUAGACGAUACUUCGAAGUAUAUGUCCUGAAGUUUUUUCGGCUUACUGACAUUAUCUGGCUGAGAAAAAAAUUAAUAAACUUAAAAAGAUAUUGUUAAAUUUUGAACAAUGCACUGUUAUUAAAAAAAUUCCUGUCCAUCUCCAUUUAUCAUAAAAACUUGGUUCUUGCCUAGAUCGAUAGCGAAAUGUGUGGAGAAUAUUUACUACGAGAAAAUAUGCAAAAAUUUUUGUUCUUUUCUGCCUGUUAUCGACUAAUUAGUACUAAUUAACGUUAAUAUGGCCUACUCUAUUAGCUUAAAGUCUCAUUUAUAAAAUAACGACUCAAAAAAAACUUAAGCAAUACCUCAUCUGAUAGCGAAUUUUACGAGCUACAAGAUGGAAUACCUUAAAAACUUUAGAAUACAUUUUUGGCCGCUAGGUAAGUCUGGUAAGUCUUUUUUAACCUUCCUUAAGCUUUUUAACAAUUCUAAAUUCUAUUUGAUUUUUCUCAAAAUUUUCCUGUUAACUCUUAACAAUCAAUACCCUGUUUGAUAUCAAAGUUUCUCAACAAAUAAAUUUUUUCGUUAUGCUUCAUUGAGUCACCAUCUGUGGUAAGGUUCUUAAAAAAUACUUCUAUCCUCUUCAAUGAACGGUGGACUUCGAUAUUUUGUUGAUAACUUUUGAAUGACAAGAGCUAGAGUCCUCCGGUUUUUAGUUUCUGAAAUUAGACACCAGUACAUAGAUUUAUGCAUAUGUAUCUACGCCUCACUGCCGCACGACUAUGUCUAUGUACGACAGUCAAUCGAAUAAUCCGGUGCUAAGACUACGUGAGGAAUGGCCCUUGAGAUAGAUCUAUAGGUGGUUGUAGCGUUCUUUAACAUCAUACUCACCCGUCACCCUCAAGAUAGUUCUCACUAGUGCCCGAUGACAACAACUAGUGCCCCUCUCACUAGUACCCCAAUAACAAGAAAUCAGUACAUUUGAAUCUCAACUAUUCCAGACAAAUUCUUGUCAUCAGAACAGUCAAAUAGCUAUGAUAAUAUUCUUCGUUAAAAUAUAUCUAAAUCGUCACACAAACAGAUUAAUGCAUAAGAUUCGGUAUAAAGAAUCUUGUCUUCACACAAAAUUAAUACGUCAACAUCGUCAUGAUGUAUUAUCAAAAAAGAAAACAAUCAAUAUUUAUCCACAAAUCAUCACCCAUGUUUCCAAAGUCUUAUUAAAUCGUAUUCAAUUAGAUUUUCUUUCACAUAAUGAUAAGUUACAAAACUUCUUCAAUAGUUAUCUUAAUCAUCAAUUCUUUAUUAAAUAUGUGUAUUAUUGUUAUUACUUUCCAUUAAACGCCAAAUUAUAUAAGACCAAAUCCGAGUUAUCUUAAUUAUUAUAAAUACCGACAAAAACAAGUGAAACAAGAAUAUAAUAAUAUUCUAAAUGCUAUCAUACCUUAUGUUGUUCGUGUUUAUCAUAUGUCAAAUACAUCAUCAAUAAUUAAAUAAUUUUCUCAACAACUGGAAGCAUGUCUUUAUCAACGAUAUAUGGCUCCAUUAUCUUGUCUUAAUAUAUAUCGUACUCAAAAAUAACUUAAAUUAAUAAAAUCAAUUCAACAUAGUUUAAAGAAAGAAAAAUCUUCGUGUUACAGAUAAGAAUGAUAUUUUUCAUAUUGAUCAUGUAAAAGAUUAUGAACAGAAAGCUGAAGCUUAUCGACAAAAAAUUGGAGCUUAUAUUGAAUUAACAAGUGAUCCAUUAUGGACAGUAUUUGAUAAUGGUGUUCAUUUACUCCAUAAGCUUCGUUCGAAAAAAUAA